AUGGAACUUCUGGGGUGGCGCCCGCUCUCGCAGCCGGGGCCAUCUGGGAGCCAGCGGGUGCCCAGGCGCUCGCCCGGCGCGGCCAGGGAGAGCGCCACCGUCCACGGCCUCCCCGAGGGCUCCCCGGUGGCCGUGCGAGUCGUUGCCGCCCUCUCCGCGGGCGCGGGCCCUGCGGUGCAGCUCCCGGGGCACUGGGCCGAGCUCGCCACCGCCCGGCCCUCCAGUAGCGAGGACGGCCCGGAGACGCCCCGCAACCUGGACCCGCUGGGCGCGCCGCGCCAGGGCUGCGCGGCCACCCGGUGCGGCGGCUACAAGGCCGCGCGGUCUCGGCCCGAGGCCCCCGCCGGCGCGCCCGUCGCGGGCGACGCGGAGCUCUGCGACCGCUGCGGCGCACACUUCUCGAGCCACGACGCUGCGCCAGCGCCUGCGGCGGAGGCGGCAGCGGCGGGGAGUGGUGCGAGCGGCGGCGAGGCCGGCGAGUGGAGGGUCGUGGCGAGGGGCGUCUUCGUGCGCGACAGGCCGUCCACAGGCGGAGCCCAGGUCGCGGCGCUCUCGCGCGGGCAGCCGCUGUCGGGCCAGCUGCUGCCCAGCGGCUGGGUGUCCCUAGACGCGGGGUGCCGCGGGAGGCUUGGCAUCGCAUCCGAGGAGGCCUUCGUCCUCACCCACGGGGAUGCGGCUGAGAUGCCCAACCUUGGCGCGCUGCUCGAGCGCGUCGAGCUUGGCCUCUCCGGAGCUGCCGACGGCGGCGGGGAGAUCGAGGAGUGCCGGGCGGCCGAUGGGGCUGCGGGCGAGCAGGACGCCAGGGGCAGCAUCGAGUCGGUGCAGGGGCACGCGGCGAGGGCCGCCGAGGUCCUGCGGGGCCGGCCACUGAGCUUCCUGGUGGUGUCCGCCGAGGGUAUCAGCGUCCGUGAGCGGCCCGUCGCCUGGUCACCGCCGCGGGGCGGCCUGCAGACUGGAGACCUGGUGAGAGGCUUCCCGGGCAGUGGCUGGCUGCUCCUCAGCGGCGGCGACCUGGACGGCUGGUGGGCCUCCAUCGGCGGCGGCCCGCGGAGCGCGACCACGCUGCUCGAGGCGCAGUGGAGCAGGGUCACGGUGAGGAGCAGCUUCAUGGAGGCAGCCAUCGUAGAGUGGCCUGGCCUGGACCCCGCGGAGUACCCAGAGAUCACCUACGCGGUGGAGUGGAGGUCAGAGGAUCAGGGCGGCGCGAGCCAACGUCGCGUGACCAAGCGAGCACACGCGCACAUCACCGGGUUGCCAAGGGGCAGCAUAGCGCGGCUGCGUGUUUUGGCCUGUGUGCCAGGCCAGCAAGACAGUCAGGCGCCGCUUCGCCUCAACGGUGCGUGGGCAGACGUUCCCACCGCGGAGCACGCGCGCGAGUCUCUUUGGCCAGAGGAGGAGCUUGACAGCACCGACCCCCUCGGCGGAGCUCGCGCGGGCUGUUUGGCCAGCAGGUGUGUGGGGUACGCCGCCCCGGAGGACAAGCACAGUUACCUGAACGACUUCGGCUCCGUGCUGUGCCGCAGGUGCGGCGUCGCCUUCGCAAAGCACCUUCGCGCCGGCGCCGCGCGGGCUGCGCGGGGGGUCGCCCAGCCGAGCCCCGGGGCUCCUGGCAGGUACGUUGUGCAGCACUUCGCCGUGCUCAUGCGCAGCGAGCCGAGCCUGCAGGCGGACAAGCUGGGCGCGCUGUGCCGGGGCAACGUCGUACGGGGCCGCGCGGUCGGCGGCUGGCUCGAGAUCUGCCGUGAGGACUCCGAGAGGUACUCUGGCCGCGCAGGUCACACUGCUUACGCGCUCGUGGACGGCACAGCCAUCGGUCUGGGCGCGCUGCUGACGCCCUGGAGGGAGGGCGACCCCCUCCCGGGUGACGAGUCUGGGGAGGAGCCGCUGCCGCCUGUGGGCCACAGGAUGCAGGACGUGUACACAGGUGGCGUGCCCUUCCUGGCCGCCCGGGUGGCGGCCGUGCGCCGCAGGCCCGAGGCGGCGAGCAGGCUCCUGGCCACCCUGGAGAAGGGGGAGGUCGUGCAGGGCCUCGCCAGGGGCGCCUGGGUCCAGCUGGACCUGAAGCAGGAGGCCUUGGCGGAGCGGCGCCUGCCGGGCGACCACGGAUGGUGCAAGUCCGAGCCGAAAGACCCCAGCGCAGGGCCUCUCCUAAGAUGCACGCUGUUGGACGUUCAGGUUGCGUCCUCCUUCGCGGAGGCGCUGUCCUUGAAGUGGACGCGCGUCCCGGCAAAGUUGGUGCGCUACAGCGUGGAGUGGAUGCUCAAGGAGGACCCCCACGCGGUCGUCCACGUCGCCGAGACAUCCUGCAGAGGCUGCUCCCUGCGAGUGGGCGGGCUGCAGGCGGGCACGGCCUACCUGGUGCGUGUCAUCGCCCAGGUGCUACGGCCGCGCAACGAGGCCGCCGGCGGCUCCGCUCUGCACAAGCCCGGCAUGUACCGCGUGGUGCACCAGAGGGGCAUCCGGGUCAGCGCGGAGUUCGCCCGGGACAGCAAGGCGCUGGCCAGGCUGCCGCCCGGGGCCGCCGUGAACGUCCUGGAGGUGGCGGCGGACAGAGCGCAGGGGCGAGUGCGCGGCCGCAUUGAGAGCCCCGCGGGGUGGAUCUCGAUAUUCAACGUGCAGAACAACGCGCAUGGCGCCAGGAGGGCACUGGAGCUGGACCCAGAGGGCCCUUUCGCCCGCAUCGUCGGUGGCUGGUGCGAGGGGUCGACGGGCCCAGAGGUCACCCAGGGGGAGGAGUCGAACAAGACGUGGGACCCGCUUGCCAAGACGCGGGGGGCGUGCCUGGACUGUGGGCACUGCAAAGGUUACGUCAUCUCGAGUUACACUUUCGCGCAGCGUCUGGAGGACGUGAUGUGCCGCCGCUGCGGCUGCCCUUGCACCAGGCACCGCGUGGUCGGGGACUGGCAUGGUGGCACAGCAGAGGACAAGGCCUGGGCAGCGCACCAGGCGCGGAUCCGGCAAGCCAGACUAGCCCUCGCGCGGAAGCCUGUGAUACACUGCCGGCAGUGGUCUACCGACGGGGCCGCUGCAGGAGACGACGGGGUACGAUUCAUCGUCAAACAUGUGUCGGGCGCAACCCACCUGUACGAGAUGCUCGGCGUCGCCAACGACGUGGACGCCGCCGAACUACGCAAGGCCUACCGCAAGAUCUCCUUGCGGAUACACCCCGAUAAGGUGAAGAGCAAGGACACAGAUCUCUUGAAUAAAGCGGAAACGAGCUUCAAGAAGGUGGCUGCCGCGUACGCGACGCUCGGCGACGCGGGGAAGCGCGCGGCCUACGACCGCGAGCUCGCCAGCAAGUUGACAGCCCGCCCCGAGCCGCAGGACGACCAGGCAGGUGCGCGGCAGAAGGACAAGGCGCCGGCCAGGAAACCGGUGAGGGAAGUGGAGCUAAAGAUUGUGCAGGCGAUCACCCGUGAUGAGGUCACUCUCCGGAUGCCUCCAGGUAGCACCGUCCUCGCCGCCAAGAAGGCUCUCUCCAAGCUCGUGCAGCGAGGACCCGAAGACAGGAUCGAGCUUGCCUUCCUCGAUGGCGCCGGCAUGUCGGACGACUUCUGCCUCGACCAGAGCUUCACGCUGUGGUGCGUGGGCGUCGACUUGGGGCCGCCGAGGCCCGUGGACGUGCUGAUCCGGGACGUGUGGACAGGCGCGUACGGCAGCGUGGAAGUCUUGGACACCUCCACGAUGUCCGAGGUCAAGAGCAGGGUGGCGGCCGCGUUCGACGUCGACGAAGGUUCCAUCGCCAUCGGCCUGUCGAGCCCGAAGGCCGCGGCCUGCGGAGCCAGGGGCUUCGAGGAGCUCCCUAGCGGCGCACGGCUGGAUGGCAGGAGGGCCCUGCACGUGCGUGGGGCGAAGCCCGUCGUCUACCUCACCCUCGAGCAGGGCACGGAGCUGCAGCGCGAGCUCGUCGAGGCCUACUCCUCGCCAGACUUCCAGAGAAGGCUGGACGAGAUGGAGGCCGCCUGGCCGAUGCCCGAGUCGCUCGGUAAGCAGAGGUUCCGCGCGCAGUUCGGCGCGCUCGUGAGGGCCGCCCAAAGGGACACGCUCCAGAGGUGGGGCUUCGAGGGCGAGUUCGCCGCCCACGACAUGAUCACCGCCUUCAAGAGGAUCGGAUCGGCGACCUCGACGAGGUCUGGGAGCUGA